AGUAGUCGAUAGUGUGCGAUGUCAAGUUGACGGUAGUAAUUCGAUGCCGUAAACAAGUUGCGGACAAAUGUUUGGCAUUUCUUCUGAUUACAGUCGUGUAAUAGCUUCCUGUAUUUAUCUUUCUCUACGCUAUUCACAUUUCUAGGGUUUCAAAGCAUUUGCUCACAAAAAAGUUAGAAAAAUAUCACGAAACCCAAGAACCAAAUAAUUUCUUCUUCACCCCACAAACUUGAACGAAGCAUUCUCAGUGUAUAGCAACAGCAACGGCGACCCAGCCAGCAAUAACCCCGACAGUAACCCUGCCAUGGCAUCCCCGUCGCAAAACAGUCCCCUUUCAAACGCCGGAAUCUCAUCGAACCAAUCGAAUGCCGCAGGAAAAACGAAUAGUGUAGACGCUCAGGGACCGGUUCUAACAAAGCCUCGCCUGCAGGAAUUGGUGCGCGAAGUAGACCCCACCGAGCAGUUAGACGAAGAAGUUGAAGAGCUGCUACUCCAAAUCGCAGACGAUUUUGUAGAAGACACCGUGAAGGCUGCCUGUGCGUUCGCCAAACACCGAAAAGUAUCGAAAAUCGAAGUGCGGGAUGUGCAAUUGCACCUGGAAAGGAAAUGGAAUAUGUGGAUUCCUGGCUUUGGCACGGAUGAAUUGCGACCGUACAAACGGGCGACGGUUACAGAAGCACACAAGCAGAGGCUCGCGCUGAUUAGGAAGACAAUUAAGAAGUACUGAUGGCGCGAUAUUGUCGCAUGGUCACAUUUAUUUGUUUCUAAGUGUAAUUACUUUUGGUUAUUCUAGACUGAGUUUUUAAGCGGUUAUUCAUGUAAAUCAAAUUACAGUUUUGUAUAUCGGUUUGACUGGAAAUUCUAUUAAAUUUUUGAUAAUUGA